ACAGAAAGGAGAGGUGAAAAUUCUUUUGACUGCUAUUCUACCGCUCUGAUAAAAUCUUGAGGUCGCACUAUACAAAUAAUCACUGAAAGAAACACGGUGUCGUUGUUUUUUUUAAAUGGAGAGGGAGAAAUUUUCAAGCGUAGGUGACAGUUUUUGCACACGCAAAAACGAUCUUCCGUUUUGUACCAGACAGGAAAGCAUAAUCAAAGAUAUUAUGGGAAUAUCAAAUAUGAAAUUGAGUGGGACAGGUGUGUGUGACUAUGGACAGCCUAUUUUGCUGCAUUCUAAGACACAACUAUAUGCAAGGUUGGAUUUCUCCGACAAAUGGCGUGAUGUUGAGAAUUGGCAGCAAACAGCAGAAACCUAUGGGGAUACUGAGUGCAGCAAAACACACAACAAAUUGUAUGACCUUCAUGCGCUGUACAAAAUACAACCACGAGCCACCACGUACAAGCAAUUAGAUCCCCUUUCGGAUGCAUUCGAUAUUACUGUCAAGAAUGCGUCCUCGCUCCCAUCUUACUACGCGCCCAUGCAAACAGAGAAGCUAAAUGAUAUUCAUGUGCCACAGCGACGAAGGUCGAGCUUGCUACCAGAACCAAGAGCUGGUCUGUUGCCCCGAUCGACACCUGAAAUUGUAUGGCAAGAAGAUGUGAAGUGCUGUGACAGAGCCGUUGACUGGAGGGAGUUCCCAUGCGAAGAGAAAAAAAUGGCGAGAUCGCGGAUGAAAGCGAAACUAGUGCGAAAAGUCAAUAGCUUACGAGUUAGAGAAGCUAAUAAGGUAUUUUUACUUCACUAUGCUACUGUGAAAGUACCCGUACGAUAGGGGUUGUUUUCAUCUAUGAUUCAUUUAUAGUAUAAGUAUAAUCAGUAUCACAUUAAUAAAAACUAGUU